GACCUCCUGUCAGAUCAUGUGAUUUUUUUUCUUACCUAGGUGAGACGAUUUUGAAUAGACCACCGUUUGACCUAUAUUUAAGCAUUGAUUUGUCAUUACUGCAGGUGAAGGGGGCGCGGGAGUGGUAGCCUAAUAUGUGUAUGAACACUGACGUACGUAGGUUGUAAAGGUCUUUAUGAGAUGAUGUGGUGGUGAUCAGCCACGCUUGAAGUGGAGAUCAACGAGCAGGCGGUGUAAAGAAUUCAGUACUGUCUGCUGGUUCCAAGGCUGCAGCCCAAGGAAUCUGGAUAAUGGCUAGUGGUAACGAAGAUGAUGACAUUUGAUAUUGACAAUGAUGGUGAAGGUGAAGAUGAUGAUUGAGAAGGUUUCUAUGGGAGGCCAUGGACUAUGGAUCAGAGGAAGGUUCUCUUCCAAUGGAUGCAAAGUUGGGGGUUGAACACCUACCUGUACGGCCCAAAAGAUGACCUGAAACACAGGCUGUUGUGGAGAGAAGUCUACUCUCAUGAAGAGGAGGGUCAGUUGCGUACUCUCAUCAAGGAGGCCCAGUCGAGAGGCCUGAAGUUUGUUUACGCCCUCUCACCUGGUCAGGACAUCGUCUUCUCCUCUUCCUGUGACCUGACACUACUCAAACGCAAACUGAGACAGGUAUCAGACCUGGGUUGCCAGGCAUUUGCCAUUCUGUUUGAUGACAUCGAUCACUCCAUGUGUCAGGCUGACAGCGAGGCCUUUUCUUCAUUCGCCCAUGCUCAGGUCACUGUAACCAAUGAGAUCUAUCGGUUCUUGGGGGAACCAGCCGUCUUCCUAUUUUGCCCUACAGAGUACUGUGGUUCUCUGUGUUCUCCCAGUGUAUCAAAGUCUCCCUACCUGCAGACUGUUGGAGAGGACCUGCUCCCCAACAUAGCAGUGAUAUGGACAGGCAGUAAGGUCAUCUCCAGGAAACUGUCUGUAGACUGUCUGGCUGAGGUGGAGUCUGUCCUCCAGCGCUCCCCGCUCAUCUGGGACAACCUGCACGCUAAUGACUAUGACUCCAGACGUCUCUUCCUGGGGCCUUUUAAGGGCAGAGAGCCUCAGCUGAGAAGCCACCUGAGAGGCCUGUUACUCAACCCCAACUGCGAGUUUGAAGCCAACUACAUCCCUCUCCAUUCGCUGGCGAGCUGGUACAGAACUGGAAAAAAGGAGAGGAAAGAUGAGGAGUGUGAAUACUGUCCUGAUAGAGCUCUGUCUGCUGCACUACGUGAUUGGAUGCAGGAACUCAACCAACCACUACAAGCAGGUCGACAGAGCACACGAGCAGACCAGCGUUCCUCUGCUCCAACAACUCGCUGCAAAACUCCUGACAAAUCCGACUGCCCUUCCACAAUCAGAGAAACCUCUGCCGUGGCCAAGCUCCCCGUUUUCCCCCUGAACUCCAGCUCACCCCCAUCGUCACCCACUAAGGUCAAGGGGGAGAUGGAGGGACGAGAGGGGGAGAAGAAGAGUCAACCCAAUCACCAACCUCAAGGAUCCAGGCCUAGUGCACCCCCAGGCAGGGGACAGAAGGCCCAGGGUUGGGGGCUCUGUGGUGGGAAGGGCCUACUAAGUGAGACCCAGGUGCGGCUGCUGGUUGGUCUUUAUUAUCUGCCCCACGAGCAUGGCCCGUCUGCCCAGAAACUGCUGCAGGACCUGACCUGGCUGAAAGCAAACUGCCACCUGGUCAGCGCCAACAGCAAGAAGACACCGCCUCUGAAGAUUGAUGAGUGGCGUGGCCGGUCCUCCAGGGUCCUGUCCCUGUGUGAAGACAUAGCACAGCUGCACUGCAGUGUGGUGAGCGGGGCCAACAGGGCUGUGCUCUAUGACCUUUACCCUUAUGUGUGGGACCUGAGGAACACGGCUCUGGUGGCGAAAGCAUUCAUAUGCUGGCUGGAUGGACGUGUGCUGAGUGACAGCUCCACCCUGGCCACCUGGAGGAACUGCUUCCACUGGUGUGGGAAGACCACAGGGGCAGACCAACUGGGAGUGGAGUCAGAACCAUGGACGUUCAAAGGGGGCGUGUCUGGGGAGGUGCAGAUGCUUCUACCAAUAGGCAGCAGCAGUGAUCUCUUCACUCAUCCUCCUCCUCUCUUCCCUACCUCUCGUCUCUAUAACAUCAGGCCCUACCACAGCAAGGACAAGUUGGAGUUGUAUCGGAUGGUGCGCCAACUCCACCUGAGGACUCAGGGUGGCCAAGAGUCCAGUGCUUCUCACCCAGAUAUCGUAGGAGACAGAUGUCUCGGACCGUGCCUGGCGUUGUGCCCGGAGUACUGUUUCAUCCUGGAGGAUGAGCUGGGUGCGUGUGGCUGUGUGUUGGGCAUUUUGGAUGUUCGUUGCUUUGCCAAGCGGUGUCAGGCCAGCUGGAUGCCUGCCAUGAGGGACAAAUACCCACCUAAAGGGGGCAACACACACCCCAACACACAGGACUUGAUCCAGCUGAUGGAGGAGGACCAGGGAGAGUACCCAGACUCUCUCAUCUAUCACUUCCCCU